GUUUUUGAAGUUCUUGUGGCGUUGAGCAAUAUCAUGAUCUAUUACUCUGCUACAUAUUAUAUAUAAAUGAAACCCCCUAUCGAUCGUUGGGAAACUCGCAUCUCCGUCCUAACAAUUCAAGCUAAAAAGAAGCAAAGACUUUUACCAUAGAAAAAAAAGAAAAAAAAGAAAUCCAAACAUGGUUUCAAAAAAUACUGAUCAUCUCAUGGCCGGAGCAACAUGUCUCCUAAUAUUAAUCUUGCUUUCAGUUAUCAGAAUAGCCCAUGGUGCAGAUUUCAACAUAAAAAACUUUGGAGCAAAGGCGGAUGGCAAGUCAGAUGAUAGCCAGGCAAUCAGUACUGCUUGGAAGGCGGCAUGCGUGUCGACAGAUCCUAGCACUGUUUUGAUACCAAACGGGAAAUACAUGGUUGGUUCAUUAACGUUCCAAGGACCGUGCAAGGCACCAGUCAGUCUUCAGGUUCAAGGAAACCUUCUUUCUCCAAUAGACCUCAACAUUUUCAACUCCCCUAACGGCUGGAUCAGUUUCCAAAACAUCGACAGAUUGAUGGUCUCAGGAGCAGGAACUUUCGAUGGCCAAGGAUCACUUGCUUGGUCCCAAAAUAACUGUUCAAAAACUGGGACAUGCAAUUCAAUGCCCAUUAAUUUGGCAUUCACUUCGAUCACCAACUCGAAGAUUCAGGACAUAAGUUCGCUGAACAGCAAGUUGUUUCACAUGAACAUAUUGCAGUGCAAGAACGUGACCCUCCAACAUAUUAUAAUCAGAGCGCCUCAAGAAAGCCUAAACACAGACGGAAUUCAUAUUGGCUUGUCAUCCGGGAUCAAUGUUACUGGCGCAGACAUCAAAACAGGGGAUGACUGUGUCUCUCUUGGUGAUGGAAGCCAACAAAUUAACAUUGAAAAGGUGACAUGUGGACCUGGACAUGGCAUUAGCGUUGGAAGCUUAGGAAAGUACCAUAACGAACAACCUGUUAGGGGAGUUACAGUGAGGAACUGUACCCUCACCAGCACAAUGUUCGGUGUUAGGGUAAAAACAUGGCCAGAUUCUCCUAGCGGUGUUGCUUCACAUUUGCUUUUUGAGGAUAUUGUGAUGAACAAUGUCAGCACUCCUCUUCUUAUAGACCAAGAGUAUUGCCCUUAUGAUCACUGCAAAGCAGAGGUUCCAUCACGUGUCAAGAUUAGCAAUGUCAGCUUCAAGAACAUUCGGGGAACAUCCGCAACUAAGCUGGCUGUGAAGCUUACAUGUAGCAGACGCAUUCCCUGCAAGAAUGUGCAGAUGAGCGACAUUAGCUUGCAAUACAAUGGAAAGGAUGGCCCUAUUACAUCCGAGUGCAAGAACGUGUUGAAGCCUUCAGCUUCUGGCAAAUUGAACCCUCCUGCUUGUGCUAAUUAUAAUUAAUUAACCAGCUUCCUUUUGAAUAUGCUUAAUUAAAUGCAAAAUCUCAAAUAUGCAUGCAGCAUGGAAUAAGUUCAUUCAUAGGUUUAGAAAACAGUUAGACGUUGCACCCCCGUCGUCAUGCUUGCAUGCGUGAUGACCUGAGUGGUGAACCAAUAUAAUUGUAAGCUAUACUAGCCAUAUAUAUAUAUAUAAUAAGGUAUUCUGUCUUUCCUUU